AUGUCCACAAACGGACCUCCUCUAGAGGCACCCGCUUCUUCCCGACCAAGUGGGGUCACCUCCGUUCCAAACACGAACAACUGUGUGAGCACUGCCAGGCCGAAUGGGGCUACGCAAACAUCUAAAAGCGCCAAUCAGCAGUCCAUCAGACCAGCGACCCCCACAAAUGGAACACAGAACUCUGCUGCGACUUCCAACGUAAGACCCCCGCCAGCGCGACCCUCAACUUCUUCGCAGCUUGUCCGGCCAAUCUCUUCUGUGCAGCCCAUCCGUCAAGGACCCUCGCUGGCUACUGUGAGUCCUCGCCCACCAUCGCACAACACCGCACCGCAACAUAGCACCGCAGGGAGCCCAUCGCCUUCUCGUCCAAGACCUCAACCUCCUCGACCAGCCUCACUCAGUGGUCCAUCUGCCUCGUCUGCCUCCAUCGCGACGGAUACAACACCCAAGAUAGCGCCGAGAACCAUCUCGCAAACCACUCAAGCGACGCCAGCUCGUCCUCCUCCCGCAUCUGCGAGCACUGCGACAGCUCGGCCACCCUCUGUGGGCACGCACACGCCGGGCGUACUGCAAAAGGAAGCGAUGCGCGCCGAAACGCCUGCCAAGUCGUCGUUGUCUGCCUCAGCGACUAGUCUAACAUCUGUACCUGGCCCUUCGAGUCCAGCAAGCUCCGACUCCCCAGCUCCUCCUUCCCGUUCAGCUGGGCACAGUCGAAAGCCCGAGACGUAUGCAGAUCGCGUUGCCAGCGCGGUGGGCGCCAAGAAGGAUCGCAAACGCAAGGUGAGUCUACGUCAGCCUAAAAGGCUCCAAGAUGAUGUGCAGCGACGACGCUGAUGUUGUCCUCCCGGACCUUGAUGGACCAGCGAGUCCAUUACUCUUGCGCUGAGUGUCAUAGACGCAAACACAAGGUGAGCUGAGAUCACUUGCGCUGGUUGAAAUAAGCCUUGCUGCUCGCUGCUGAUUCACGGCCCACACCUCGACAGUGCGAUCGAAACAUUCCUUGCCAGGCCUGCAUCGACAGAGGGCUGGCAGACACGUGUCGCCCUUUCGAGGAAGGUGACCAGCAUGGCGACAUGCGCGACCGAGUAGCUCGGCUGGAAGACUUGGUAGAGGGCUUGGCAAAGGCGCAGACGGGGCUGGCGAAGGAACUGAGCGAGUUCCGAGCGAAUGGGACCAAGCCCACCGCGAGCAUCGUCAAUGCGAUAGCGCAGCAGGACGGGCCGCCUCCCGCCAAGAUACCCAAAGUGGAAAAGGAGCCUCCCGUGGUUCUCGUCUCCGAUGACGAGCAACAAGAUCCUUUGGCAGCUGGAGCGAAUGGCAAAGCGGGACGCCGUGUGCGCCUGCGCCCGCCAGCUUCCUCUCGCGACUUAGAGCGGGAGGAAUUGCACUCUCGGUCAGGAGGUGGCGGAGGGGGUGCUGACGGCAGCAGUGUGAAUGGAUCAGCAUACACUGGUGGUCUCGCAGCAAGCAACGGGGCUGCCCCCUCGAGCUCGAACGAUGAGGAAACGGUGGGUGUAAAUGCUCUGGAAGGUGGCCUGACCCGCGAAGGAGACAGCUUCUAUGGUGCGCUAGCGCUGCCCAGCGUCAGCAGGGGCGUCAUCGAGACUAGCAUUCGAGGCGAGCGUCUGGAGCUGGCAGCCAACGUACCCUUGCGCUCGGCCAGCGUCAAAGUCAGGAGGCUCAUCCAAGAAGGUGGCGCCCAUCCGGACAUUGUCAAUGAGCUGAUGCAGAAUCUGCCCCCGAGGCAUGAGAGCGAUCAGAUGCUGGGCUGGUACUUUAGGGAUAUCAACAACACUCGCCUACCUCUGCACGAACACACGUUCAGGCAGAGCUACGAGGAGCUCAUGGAGUGGCAGUGGGGCAGCCUAAGAGAGGAGGAAGGGGACGAUGGAGCAAGACAUUUGCCUUUCUUGUCCUUCCUGUACGUCAUCCUGGCUAUCGCAAAGCGAAAUCAGCCAGAGGAGCGAGGCAGUGAUGCAGAUGCUCGACAUGGCGCUUUAAAAGUGAGCAGCUCCGCACUGGUUUAGUAAGCGCCCUAGACAGGCACUGACCUGCGCAUACCUCGCAGCUCUUUCACACUGCCCGCAGAACUAUGGCAGUGGCUUCGGCAGUACGUGCGGACCACAUCGACGUUCUGCUGGCCGCCCUCUUUGGAUGCCGAUUUCUUAUCUGCCUGCGCAUGAGUGCCGAGAGUUGGAGUCUGCUCGGGAGCGCGAUCCGAGCUGCGCAAGCGUGAGUGCGGCGAGACUCCAUUUCCGAGCUGCUGAGUCUCGCUCAUGUGUGCUUUCUGCUUCGCAGCAUCGGCUUGCAUCGAGAUGGCACAAAACUUGGUCUUGAUGCCGUGACCACGGAGCGCAGGCGUCGCCUCUGGGCGCUCAUCUACUACCUCGACAAGACAACAUCCAUGCUUUUGGGUCGACCUCAAGGCAUCAAUGAUCAAAAUUGCGACACUCUUGCGCCAUCCGACGUGGACAUUGACACGCUACCCCGAUACGGACCUGCGCCGACACCGGAAGCGUUUCCUCCACCGCCAGGCAUUACGCCACCUAGUCGCCCACCCGGUGUCUAUGCUUUCGUCGCGAUCCGUCAUGAGCUUGCAAAACUGACUGGUCGCGUAGUAGAGCAUUUUCAGAACCUGUCUCGGUGAGUGUGACUUUCCGCCCCUCGAUGUCGACAGAGCGAUUAAAAGCUUACCAAACGUUCCUUCCUCCUAGGCCUCGCAACUAUGCAGAUGUGACCGCUAUCGACAGCGAUCUGCAGCGCUUUGUUGAUGCCCUGCCCCCAGCAUACCGCUGCGAGCCGCAGGGAGGCACCGAUCGAAGCUUUGAUGAAUUGUGCCCUUGGCUCCCAUUGCAUCGCUACUUGAUCAACGUAGAGCAGCUCUACAUCAGAAUCACUUUGCAUCGUCCUUACCUCUUGCGCAGCGACAAAUAUGCCCGGUCCCGAUCGGUAGCCUUCGCCUCCGCAAAGGCCGAUCGCGACAUUCGCAAGGAGUACAAACGAGACGUCAAAUGGCCUAGAAAUCGCGCCCGCGGCGCACACAUGGGUGGACUUUAUCGGCUGUUCAACGCUGCAUUGGUCGCGGGCAUACAGCUGCUUUUGGAGCCGAACUCUCCAGACGCGCCCGAAUUGCACGCAGCCUUGGACGAUUUCCUUGCCCUCAAAAGCAAUGAGCCUGCAGAUACCAGCCAGUGUACGAAACGAGAAGUCGCGAUCAUUCAGCUCUUCCAGGCAAAGAGCCGGGAUCCCAGCUUCUGUGCUGCGACUGCUACUGGUGCCGGAAGGAGCGUGCCCAACCCUCUAGCGGGUCCGAGCAGACCUAUCUCCGUUUCGCUUUCCCGCUCGACCUCCAAUACGGUCGGCGCAGCUGCGACUACCCUUGGCGGUGCUGGUCCUGGCCUGAUCAUACCGGUGGGAGGGCAGCUCACAAAGGGUCCCCCACCGCUCGCACCCUUGGCAGAAUGGCCGUCUGGUCAGUCGCCGGUGCAAAGGCACGGUAGGAUCGCUGGAACAGGCCAAAGCGCUGCCAGUCCUGCGCCGAGUGCUGGCACUCCGAUCACACCUGGCGGCACUCGACUCAGCGUGGCUGAGGCUCCUGGUGCAAGCACCUUGAACAGCUUUGGACCCAGCUCAGCGGGUGGUCUUAGCGACGUGCUGGCCCAAGAGCUAUUUGAUCAGCUGGGCGCUGGUGUGCUGGACUCUUUUGGACUGGAUCACUCGCCUUUCUCCUGGGACGAUGGAGCGAGCAAUCGAAGCGCGAGUGGCAGCGUUCCAUCGGGCUCGAACAGGCCCGCUCAAAGCGCUGCCAAUGCGACCUCGAACAACACUUCCAACACAUAUUCUGCGACGCCUUUGCCAGGCACUUCUGCAGCAAACGUCUUUGACUUUUGGGGCACCUCUGGCACCCCAUCUGCGUCGGGCAUCGGCUAUGGUGGGAUCACGAGCUCCACAGCUGGAGCCAUCGGUUCGCCCCAGAUCGGCAACUCCUUUAGCGACCCUAGCGCACCUUCGUUCGCACCCGCUGGACCUUUUGGGAAUCCCAGCAUUGACGGAAGCGGCUUGGUGCCGUGGGGAGGCCUCAUCGAAGCUAUCGUUUCGGGACAGAAUACGGAUAUGCACCAGGCUUCUAGGAAUGACGGCGCGCAGUAG